CUCUCUCUCUCUCUCUCUCUCGUUCUCGCUCUUUGGUUUUCGGAGCUGUGAAUUCAGUUCGUAGGAAGAGGAAUCUGAAGCUCGGAUCACUGCUGAAGUCAUUUGCAUUGUGUUUCUGCCAAGAAUUGAUACCAACAAAGGUUUUGUUAUUAGAGAUCAAUGGCAUGUCCCGGCACAUCAGUACCAACCUACCUACUUGUCUACUCCACACAACUUGUCUAUGAGAGGAUGUGCUUACGUGUGAAAGUUUAUUUGAUUGCCUCUUAACUUAAAAGAAGGAGAAACAUAGACUGUGGACAUCUUAAGUGAUGAAGAGUGGGAACUCACAUAAGGGCAUUAAGAUUUCUGUCACAAUUAUCGCUCUUGUGUCAGUGGCACUUAUUUUGUUGCUAUGGGAGAAGACACCUCUCAUUUCUUCUCUCAUCCCACCUGAGACUUUGGAUGUCAUUUCUACAGAAACUGUCGAGCUUACUCCUGAUACCCACUUGAAAGAAUACAAACAGCUAUCUCCAAAUGGACACCAGUCAACUGUAAACACACUUGAACACCAGCCUGUUGCUGAAGCAGGUCAUGUUCUUGAUGUUCAUUCAGUGAAUUCCUCAGGAUUGCCGACAAGUUUAUUGGAACCAAGACAAGAUGAUAAGGAUUUGACAAAAUCGCCUGCGCAGGAAACAGGGUGCAAUUAUGCAAAAGGAAAAUGGCUUGCGGACAAGAAGAGACCGUUGUACUCAGGUUUUCAAUGCAAACAGUGGCUUUCAAGCAUGUGGGCUUGCAGAUUGAUGCAGCGGAAAGAUUUCUCAUAUGAGAGUUUUCGCUGGCAACCAAAAGAUUGCGAUAUGCCAGAGUUUAAAGGUUCUGAGUUUUUAAAAAGGAUGCAGGGCAAAACCAUCGCUCUUGUGGGGGACUCGUUGGGAAGACAGCAGUUCCAAUCGUUGAUGUGCAUGGUCACUGGUGGCAAAGAAAACUCUGAAGUAGAAGACAUUGGAUCAGAAUAUGGUCUUGUUCAAGAGCCAGGUGCUAAACGACCGGCUGGCUGGGCUUAUCGAUUCCCUAGCACCAACACCACAAUCUUAUAUUAUUGGUCUGCAAGUCUCUGUGAGCUGGAACCUCUGAAUCUAACUGAUCCGGCAACCAAUUACGCCAUGCAUCUUGAUCGUCCUGUUCCCUUUUUAAAGCAUUAUCUUCAUAAGCUCGAUGUUGUAGUUCUCAACACUGGUCACCAUUGGAAUAGAGGCAAGUUCAAUGCAAACCGGUGGGUGAUGUAUGCCAGCGGAAAACCAGUUAAAGAUAGAAAGCUUGCAAUGAUGAUGAAUGCAAAAAAUUUGACUAUCUACAGCGUGGUAAAAUGGCUGGAUUCACAGAUACUGCAAUACCCACAUUUGAAAGCCUUCUUCAGAUCAAUAUCACCCAGGCACUUUGUGAAUGGAGAAUGGAAUACUGGUGGCAGCUGUGACAAUACAACUCCAUUAACUGCUGGCAGUGAGGUUUUACGGGAUGGUUCAUCUGAUCCUGGUGCAGAAGGUGCUGUUAAGGGCACCAAGGUUAAACUUUUGGACAUUACAGCUUUAUCGGAACUUCGAAAUGAAGGGCAUAUAUCGAAGUAUGGUAGCAAGGCCAAUGCAGGUGUACAAGACUGCCUACAUUGGUGCCUUCCAGGUAUUCCUGAUACCUGGAAUGAGAUUCUUUCUGCACAACUGUAGACAUCAUUUAGAUAGAGAUACACAUUGUUCAUUUCAUGAGUUUCUUACGGAAAGCCGACUUCCUUCUCAAGAGUUAAUCAUGCCGAGUGAAAUGAAAGGGUUUAUUAUAGGAUUGGAAAAUUUUGUUCUGCUAACUUUUCCAAUUGAAAGAACAUUGUUACUGUUAGCCACUGCAGAUACAAUUGUAAAUUUCUACCACAUACUGGUCAAAGAUUCACCUUGAUCAUUCAUCAAACAAUCAGUAAGUGUACUAUUGCCUCUUUUGGAAUCUUUGAAGUAAUUUGUUGACAUUAUCAAUA